UGUCAAGUACAUUUCCUCUGCAUCGGAAUGGCAAAGGGGGAGAACGUGCUCCAAGUUGUGCGACUGUCAGUGUCGAAUAGUUCGUGUUAAUGUCUGGCGUUAUUAUUGCAUAGGAACAAAUGCAGGAGUUGCUUACCUGGGCGUGUAUAUGUGGUUAGAGGGAAAUCAACGCUCCCGCUCAAACCGGUCAUUUGAUACAUGUUUUAAAAACAUUUGAGCUUUGAUGUUUGAGUUUACAUGUUCCAGUGUUUCUCCUCGAAAUAGUCAUUCGUCUCUUGGUGUACAAUGUAGCGUCAUUUGUGUAUUAGCCUACCUGCAUGAAUGUAACAUGAUAUUUAGUUCGAUAUGACUAAUGUGACUGAAAGUAAAAGCGUAGAAUGGCUUCAACUCGAGUUGGAAUCCGGGGGAAGUUCGCUGCUUUUGUUGGACUGCCGAUCGCACGAGCUUUACGAAUCAUCCCACAUAGAAACGGCGAUCAAUUUGGCAAUUCCAGCAUUGAUGCUGCGAAGGUUUAAGAAGGGCAACAUACCCAUCCGAACUAUCAUACCGAACCACGAAGACAAGGAGAAAUUCGUUAGACGUUGCAGUACAGAUACAGUGAUUCUGUACGAUGAGUGCACUGUGGACUGGCAGGAUGGGGCCACUGGCUCGGUUCUGGGACUACUUCUUCAGAAACUAUGGGACGACGGAUGUAAAGCAUAUUACCUGGAAGGGGGAUUUAUGAAGUUUCAGACCGAGUACCCAGAGCACUGUGAAACCCUCCUGGACAGCUCCUGUCCCAGCUCCUCUCCCCCUCUCUCUGUCCUAGGCUUCGGAAGUCUCCGGAUCAGUUCCGACCUCUCAGAUGGUGAAUCGGACCGUGACCCGAGCAGCGCCACAGAGUCUGAGGAGAGCCCCCUUCCCAACAUCCAACCUGCCUUCCCAGUCCAGAUCCUCCCCUUCCUUUACCUGGGCUGUGCCAAAGACUCCACCAACCUGGAUGUGCUGGGCCAGUACAACAUCAAGUACAUCCUGAACGUCACGCCCAAUCUCCCCAACAUGUUUGAGCAUGACGGCCACUUCACGUACAAGCAGAUCCCCAUCUCGGACCACUGGAGUCAGAACUUGUCCCAGUUCUUUCCAGAGGCCAUAUCCUUCAUCGAUGAGGCUCGGUCCAAGCAGUGUGGCGUCCUGGUACACUGUCUGGCUGGUAUCAGCCGCUCUGUGACCGUGACCGUGGCCUACUUGAUGCAGAGGCUCAACCUGUCCCUCAAUGACGCCUAUGACUUUGUCAAGAGGAAGAAGUCCAACAUCUCCCCCAACUUCAACUUCAUGGGCCAACUUCUGGACUUCGAGAGGACACUGGGGCUGCACAGCCUGUGUGACAACCGCCCCUCCUCCAGUGAGCAGCUCUACUUCACCACGCCGACCAAUCACAACGUGUUCCAGUUGGACACUCUGGAGUCGACGUGAGGAGACGGAGAAGGCAGGGUUUAGAGGCCAUGUUGCUUCAUCAGUGUCUACAUGGUCUUUUGUAGCCUGUCAGGAAAGGGGAAAGAGUCCUGGAACUGCAGCUGGUAGAGAGAGACUGAGGAGGCUCACCUGUCGUGCAAGGGAUUUAAGUAUGGAUUUUUAUAGCCCACGGUGCUCCCCAGUAUGCUUUAAAAAAGUACAUACUUUGUUUGGUCCACGCUCUGAUGCCUUAUCGUCUAUAGUAGUUGUAAUGUGGAUGUGUCAGUUGUUUUCCUAACAAAUGUGGCUAAUGUGUUGGUCUGAAGGAAGAGGUUGGCCAUGGAGAAUGUGAAUCAAUGUUUUCUGGGACCAAACAGGGAUUCUUUUGAAUGUUACUAUUGCUGAGGAGAUGGGGCUACUUUAAGUUGGCCUUAAAUGACUGUAACGUUCCUUUUGAUGACUGUAAUGUUCCUUUUGAUGGCUGUAACGUUCCUUUUGAUGGCUGUAACGUUCCUGUUGAUGACUGUAACGUUACCGGUGGAUGACUGUAACGUUCCUGUUGAUGGCUGUAACGUUCCUUUUGAUGGCUGUAACGUUCCUGUUGAUGGCUGUAACAUGACUGUAACGUUCCUGAUGUUGACUGUAACGUUCCUGUUGUUGACUGUAACGUUCCUGUUGAUGACUGUAACGUUCCUGUUGAUGGCUGUAACGUUCCUGUUGAUGGCUGUAACGUUCCUGUUGAUGGCUGUAACGUUCCUGUUGAUGGCUGUAACGUUCCUUUUGAUGGCUGUAACGUUCCUGUUGAUGGCUGUAACAUGACUGUAACGUUCCUGAUGUUGACUGUAACGUUCCUGUUGUUGACUGUAACGUUCCUGUUGAUGACUGUAACGUUCCUGUUGAUGGCUGUAACGUUCCUGUUGAUGGCUGUAACGUUCCUGUUGAUGACUGUAACGUUACCGGUGGAUGACUGUAACGUUCCUGUUGAUGGCUGUAACGUUCCUUUUGAUGGAUGUAACGUUCCUGUUGAUGGCUGUAACAUGACUGUAACGUUCCUAAUGUUGACUGUAACGUUCCUGUUGUUGACUGUAACGUUCCUGUUGAUGACUGUAACGUUCCUGUUGAUGGCUGUAACGUUCCUGUUGAUGGCUGUAACGUUCCUGUUGAUGGCUGUAACGUUCCUGUUGAUGGCUGUAACGUUCCUUUUGAUGGCUGUAACGUUCCUUUUGAUGGCUGUAACGUUCCUGUUGAUGGCUGUAACAUGACUGUAACGUUCCUGAUGUUGACUGUAACGUUCCUGUUGUUGACUGUAACGUUCCUGUUGAUGACUGUAACGUUCCUGUUGAUGGCUGUAACGUUCCUGUUGAUGACUGUAACGUUCCUGAUGUUGACUGUAACGUUCCUGUUGUUGACUGUAACGUUCCUGUUGAUGGCUGUAAUGUUCCUGUUGAUGGCUGUAACGUUCCUGUUGAUGGCUGUAACGUUCCUGUUGAUGGCUGUAGCGUUCCCGUUGAUGACUGUAGCGUUCCCGUUGAUGACUGUAACGUUCACGUUGAUGACUGUAACGUUCCCGGUGAUGACUGUAGCGUUCCCGUUGAUGACUGUAACGUUCACGUUGAUGACUGUAACGUUCCCGUUGAUGACUGCAACGUUCCUAUAAUGACUGUAACGUUCCUAUUGAUGACUGUUCUAAACGUCUUCAUUUGCAGCUCUCUCUCUCUUAACAUCAGAAUGGAGUGAUCUUGGAAAACAGUAGUUGACAAUUGCUAUGUUAUUUUCCCUACUUUUGUGUCAUCUUCAGAGUAAACAUUUGAUCAUGUAGGAAUGCAAUACAUUAUGUUAGAGCAUUACCCUUUUACCUUUGUUGAACUGAGACAGGUCACCCUCUGCAAAAUGUUAAAGAUGAAACACCUAGAGUUUUGUAAAAUCUUGUAAAUUGUAAUAAUUAUAAUAGAAUUUCAUUGUCUGCAUGUAAUCAAGUUGAAUUUCUGUUCUGUACCUCUUCUGCCUGUUGUUCCUGUGGCCUUUAUCACACCUUCUAAGUUAACAUAACACUUAACUGUCUUAACCUGGGUAUAGUAUAGGAUUGUCAUAUGCCAUGCUUGAAAUUCACGACUUGUAGUUAUGAUCCAUAAUGGCCAUUUGAACCUUGUUUAUUAAGUCAUGGAUAAGUCAUGUAUAGACACAAUCUUCAGCCUGCAGCUACUCUUCCUUUAGCAGAACCAUGUUAAGGGAAACAUGCAGUGUGUUUUGAUCCGUUCUGGUUUUGCCAGUAAUGUCUCGGAACGAGUCGGCUCAAAGUUGAAUGGUUUAGUGAAUGAGAGAGAGGGAAUGAAAUGAAACCAGUGAAGAUGAUGAUAAAUGUGUUCUUACCUCAUGGAGAGACAUUUUCAGGGAUUUUAUAUAACAUAUCUGUAUUUUGUUACAGCCUUUGAAAUACAUCAACGGGCUGUGUUUAUCUGGCAUGUGUUUGUAAAAUAUGUACAUAAGAUUCGCUUGGUAACGGGGGACCUUUUCUCUGAAUCAUGAAGGAUGUGAAGUUAAAUUGACCCAAUUACAGUAUGUAUAGUGUAUGUAAAACUAAAUGUACAAUACAUUUAUGUACAAGUUUAUACAACAAAUAUAUUGUAUAUUUUUUACCUUUAAA